UUCUUCUGCGUUUCCUCCACGACUCAGUCACAACAAGAAGAGCUAUUCUUGUAUUCGAUAAUGCUUCAGGCGGUCCAAUAUCUGGAGAAAAGUGAUAGGUUACAGUUACUUUCGCGCUUCGUGAAAAAAGUGAGGCUGGACGUUCCCGACAAACAAGAGGUACAACCUAACUUAAGUGGUGUUGCCACCACAAGCUGCUGAACUUGGAGUAACCAGAAAGCUUCCAGGUUGUGGGAUAGUUGGGUUUUAAUAGGAGCGAGACUGUGCUUGUGAUGUAGUCGUUUCACCAUACUCACCGCCUGUUUAACUACCUACUGAGGAAGGGUUUGAGCUCAUUCUCUGAUCACAGCGAUGGAUGAGGACAGUCCAACGCUGAAACCUAGACGGAUCCAGAAUCAGAACGUUGUUCAUCGUCUCGAGAGGCGCAGGAUCUGCUCAGGCCGACCGGGCGCUCACUGGUACAGAGUGCGCUGCUUCCAUCAGAACCUGUUCCCCAACUUCACUGUGGUCAAUGUAGAGAAGCCCCCCUGCUUCCUUAGGAAGUUCUCACCAGAUGGACGCUGCUUCAUUGCCUUCUCCUCUGACCAGACUUCUCUGGAGAUAUAUGAAUACCAAGGCUGCCAGGCAGCUCAGGACCUGCUGAGAGGACAAGAGGGAGAGACUCUUCUAACAGCCAAUGACCAGCGCUCCCUUAACAUUCGAGGACGUCUGUUUGAGCGAUUUUUCUCCUUGCUCCAUGUUACUAAUGUGGCCUCAAAUGGAGAACACCUAAACAGGGAAUGCAGCCUCUUCACAGACGACUGCCGCUAUGUCAUUGUUGGGUCAGCUGUGUAUGUCCCAGAGGAGCCGCCGCCUUACUUCUUUGAGGUGUAUCGUAACAAUGAAUCUGUGACUCCCAAUCCCCGGUCUCCUCUAGAAGACUACUCCCUCCACAUUAUUGACCUCCACACUGGCAGGCUGUGUGACACCAGGUCCUUCAAGUGUGACAAGAUAAUCCUGUCCCACAACCAGGGCCUCUACCUCUACAGGAAUAUCCUGGCUGUGCUGUCGGUCCAGCAGCAGACCAUACACGUCUUUCAGGUGACUCCAGAGGGAACGUUUCUGGAUGUGAGGACUAUUGGGCGGUUCUGUUAUGAGGACGACCUCCUGACUCUUUCAGCAGUUUACACGGAGGCCCAGGCUGAGAGCCAGCCCGGCUUCCCUCGCCUGUACACUGACAAAACCAUCAACUCCCUGAAGCACAGGCUGCUGGUCUACCUGUGGAGGAGGGCCGAGCAGGAUGGCAGUGCUACAGCCAAGAGGAGAUUUUUCCAGUUUUUUGAUCAGCUGAGGAGGCUGAGGAUGUGGAAGAUGCAGCUUCUGGAUGAGCAUCACCUCUUCAUUAAAUACACCAGUGAGGACGUGGUCACACUUAGAGUCACCGACCCCUCGCAGCCGUCGUUCUUUGUCGUGUACAACAUGGUGUCUACAGAGGUGCUGGCUGUCUUUGAGAACACCUCCGACCAGCUGCUGGAACUGUUUGAGAAUUUCUGCGACCUAUUCAGAAAUGCUACGCUACACAGCCAGGCCGUCCAGUUCCCCUGUUCCGCUUCAUCCAACAACUACGCACGGCAGGUCCAGAGAAGAUUUAAGGACACCAUAGUGAAUGCCAAAUAUGGCGGCCAUACUGAGGCAGUGCGGCGGCUGCUGGGUCAGCUGCCCAUCAGUGCGCAGUCCUACAGCAGCAGCCCUUACCUCGACCUCUCCCUCUUCAGUUAUGAUGACAAGUGGGUGUCAGUAAUGGAGAGGCCGAAGACCUGCGGAGACCACCCCAUCAGGUUCUAUGCACGUGACUCUGGCCUGCUUAAGUUUAAGAUCCAGGCAGGCCUGCUGGGACGGCCGGUAAAUCACGCUGUACGACGCCUGGUUGCCUUCACCUUCCACCCCUUCGAACCCUUUGCCAUUUCUGUCCAGCGCACCAAUGCAGAGUAUGUGGUCAACUUCCACAUGAGGCACGUCUGUCCAUGAGGACCUUGUGUGUGUGUCUGUGUGUGUCUGUGUGUGCGUGUGUGUGUGCGUGUGUGUGUGUGUGCGAGUGUGUGUGCGUGUGCAUAUGCGUGCAUAGACAGCAGAGCCUGAGAGCCUCUCAGAGUCUGUGAAUUCACACCUGGACACAAACCACAAGACUGUUGGGCUUCUGUUAGCAGCUAUUGGUGACAAUACAACAAACAUGUUCUUCAUCAGGAGGCACAAAAGAGUUUGUUCUGUUAGUCACCCUCUCUUCCUCGAGAGAAAUCAGCAGUCCUUUCCUUGCAUUCUCUUCCUGAUGGAAACCACUCUUUACCCCUCCAUCGCACAGUGGUGAGUCCACCUCUGCCCCCCCCCUCGUCAAUAGGCAGCAAUUCUGCCUUUUCCUAUCACCUCCUCUUUCCCCCUUCCUCCACAGAACAAAGAGGGACCUGUAGGGAAGAGAGGCUGGAAUAAGUGUAAAUGGAGAUGUAGAGAGAGUGAUUGAUGUGCAACAGAGGAGGGAGCCGUAGGUAGCCAGACCUCUUAGAAGAAACCAAAGGUGUUUUUUUUCUACCAUGCACUGAAAGCUGCGCAUUCAUAACAGAAUUGUUUAUCCAGUUGGUCCAUGACCAUCUGUCCAAAGAACUUGCGUUUUUUUCACAUGGAUGUGGAAGAGAUAAUUUUAUAUAUAUUUUUAUUUACACUUCUUUUUUUUUAACAUUUUACUUUUUGUAUAUAUUUUAUGCCAAUAAAAUUGUCUAAAUUUUGCUCGCCAUGUUUGUUUUUGCUGAGCUUAUAAGUUUUUAACCAUAUAUAAUAAUACGUUAAUACUGGACAGAGAAAAGCUUGGUGUGGCAAGAAACCUGAGGUAGAAUCGGUAUUGUUUCUGCUUGAAGUCUCUAAAUAUUGACUUGUGUCUUUUCUCCUAUAUGUAGGAGAAAGCAUUUACUCAUAUACUUUGUGUGUGUGUGUGUGUG